CACGGCCGCUUGCUGGCUGGUGGAGAGGGAAACGAGGCAGCUUUUGCCCAUCCAUGGGUCAGACCUGGCGCUCUGUGCAGGGGGGGGGAACAGCGAGGGCGGGUGGCAGUGCCAUCCAGACGGUGCCCCCGGAUUUAACCCCCUAGUCGGGUCCGAGCCCCCUCCUCUGACUCAAUGCCGGUGACGUCUCCUUACCCCGGAUGGGACCCCAGGACCCCUCUCCUUGCACCCCUCGCAGGAUGAACCCCUACGCGGGGCUGGUGAGCCGCCUGCGGGCGGCCUGGCUCUCGGGGAAGACGCGGCCCGUGGAGUACCGCGUGGCCCAGCUGGAGGCCCUGGGCCGCUUCCUGGAGGAGAAGCAGCAGGACAUCCUGGAGGCCACAGCCUUGGACAUGCGCAAGCCGUCCUUUGAGGCCUACUUCUCCGAGAUCCUCCUCUGCAAAAAUGAGCUCAACAACACCCUUAACAAUCUCUCCCACUGGAUGAAGGAUGAGCACGUGGAGAAGAAUCUGGUGACACAGCUGGAUUCAGCCUUCAUCCGCAAGGACCCCUAUGGGGUGGUGCUCAUCAUCGCCCCCUGGAAUUACCCCAUCCACCUCUUCUUUGUGCCCCUCAUCGGGGCCAUCGCCGCUGGUAACUGUGUCAUUGUCAAACCCUCGGAGACGACCAAGAACAUCGAGAGACUGGUGGCUGAAGCCCUGCCCUGCUACCUGGACAAUGACUGCUUUGCUGUGGUGACUGCCGGUGUGGAGGAAACCACCAAACUGCUGGAGAACAAGUUUGACUACAUCUUCUUCACUGGCAGCCCCUCCGUGGGCAGGAUCAUUAUGACAGCCGCUGCCCAGCACCUGACGCCAGUGACGCUGGAGCUGGGGGGCAAGAACCCCUGCUACGUGUCUGACACCUGCGAGGUGCACAACGUGGCCAGGCGGGUGGCCUGGGGGCGCUUCUUCAACGCGGGACAGACCUGCGUGGCACCUGACUACGUGCUGUGCAGCGUGGAGAUGCAGGACAAGCUGAUGCCAGCCCUGCGUGAGGCCAUCACCGAGUUUUACGGCCCCAACCCUCAGGAGUCCCCCGACUUUGCCCGCAUCGUGGGGGACAAGCAAUUCCAGCGGGUGCGGGCUCUGCUGAGCAGCGGGCGCGUGGCCAUCGGAGGGCAGACGGAUGAGCAGGAGCGCUACGUCGCUCCCACGGUGCUGGCCGACGUGCAGCCCUCUGAUCCUGCCAUGCAAGAAGAGAUCUUCGGGCCCAUCCUGCCUAUCGUUGUCGUGUCCAGCAUGGAUGAAGCCAUUGACUUUAUCAAUGCCCGUCCGCCGCCGCUGGUUCUCUAUGUCUUCUCCUGUGAUAGCAAGGUGGUGAAGGAGGUGCUGGAGCGGACAAGCAGUGGUGGCUUUUGUGGAAAUGAUGUUCUGAUGCAUGUGACGUUGACCUCGCUGCCGUUUGGUGGGAUUGGGAACAGCGGCUUGGGGAAAUACCACAGCAGGUUCACCUUCGACACCUUCACUCACCACCGCGGCUGCCUGCACCGCAACAUGGGCCUGGAGGCCAUCAACGCCCUGCGCUACCCGCCGUACAACCAGCAGAAGUUGGGGCUGCUGACGGCCGCCUUCGAGAUCAAGCGCAAGGGCAUGUGCACCCUGCUCUGAGGGCUGCCGCGCGCUGCCCGGUGCUACUGCCCAGACUCCCUCACAGACUGGGGAGAAGACCUCCUGGCGUGGCCCCAGUGCUGGCCCCGGGAACCCAACCACUUUCCGCAGGAGGCCGGCACGCUCCUUCCAUCCUUGCACCGGUUGCCUUGCCAUGUCCUUUGCCUCGCUGCCGCCCCUACACGUGUAGGACAGCGGGGGCACUCAUUUGCGUCCGGCCAGUCCUAUUUGUGUGCUUCUCCCCAGCUGCCUCUGCUCUGGACCGUUUGCCCUGACAGGCAGAUCUGAAAUGACAAAAAUUUCUCUGGCAUGACCUGAUGCCCUGCUUUCUCACCCUACAUUUCUCUUCCCAGGAGAGGAAUGAUCUCCUCAACGCUCAGGACCAGCCAUUAGCCCUGUCUCUAGUUAGAUGACCUUUCUCUUCCAGGUGAACCUUGCUCUCCCUGCUUUCGAUGUCAGCUGCCACUUCUUCCUCCGUGUGACCCUGCCUUUAGUAAAG